AUGUACAGUAACCUGUCCUUCCCGGUUCAAUUUAAAGGCGCAGCCAACAUCCACAAAAAUGGUCCUGAAGCAACCAAAAUUAUGUUUGACAAGGAUCGCCCAAAAUCAACAAUAUCUUCAGAAAAAUGUGGGCCACAAUAACCUGGAUUACGGUAGCCAUCGGCAUGGUCAUGAGCCAAAAGCUCAGUAAUCGAGAGCUCUCACAGCUUCUCAACAACUGCGGUCGCUUCGUUCCAGGUUACUGUAGUUAUUACUGUAACCAAGACGAUACCGUAGUCCAGGCUACAACGAGGCGCCGGAGCUUCGAGACUUCAAAUCACUAUAUGGAAAGCUGGUGGCUCGCGGGAAGGCGCCGUGGGUCGUCGCCAUAAAUAUCAUUGAUGGUUCGACUCCGGUCCCCGUUUUUGUCAUUUUACAAGAAAAUUGUUAAGGCGAUUACAUCCGACAGGUCGGAACAGGAACGCUGAUUUCCCCUAGACAUGUGAUCAGUGUUGCUCAUCUCAGUGGAGGCACUAAUUCUGACUGUAAUUUGGGGUAAGUUUUCAAGAAAAUCGUGGCCUAGUGGCUCGAGAGCUUGGUUACGGAUAAAUGAGUCACAGGUUCGUCCCUUGAUGAGGAAUUAUGACAAAAAAGUCCCUUUUUCAACUUCCAAACACAGAAAGGCCUUCUACAAGUGUUAGCGAUUGAAAAACUAACAAAUAGCUCAGUUGGUUAGGAGCUCGACUACGAGUAAAUGAGUCCCAAGUUCGGAUUUUCUUUGUCAGAACACGAUAAACCUCACAAAAAAUGCGCAGACGAAUGGAUUCUGAAUUUUCCAAUUGACAAACGAAUCAAGAGUUCGAUUCCUCACUUAGGGAUUGAUUACUUAGGAGCGCCAGAGUGGUCCCUACAGGGAAAAACAGCUAGGGGUGAAAUUUAGUGGUCCCUAUAGAGGUUUGAGGUCUCUGAGCCUCUAGAGUGGUCCCUAUAUGGAUCUAUUGAUUUAUACGUGCUCUAACCAUUGAAAAUUUCUUUAUGUCCCAAAAAAAGCCUGGAAAUCCACUUUUAAGCGAAACCUAGCAGGUCAAGCUUUCCAAUAAGGGAUUCUAGAUCUCAAAUCAACGAUUUUUCAGCCGCACCAACACAUUCCCCAAAACGAAUGCGAAAAAAUAUCACGUCUACCUGAACGUGAGCUGCGCCACACCGAAACCUUGUACAACUCUUGGACGGAAUGAAAUUUUCAAGCCGCUUCAAGUCAAAAAGGUUCACCACAAAGUCGUGAAAAUCGAAUUCAAAAUCUUCAGCUGUACAUUCCGAAAGGUUAUUUGGGAGAAGCUUGCCCCGGCAAGGAAUCCUACAACGAUAUUUCCAUCUUUGAGCUAGCCAAAGACGUCAAAUUCUCGCCGGAAAUCUACCCUGCUUGCCUACCUCCGCGUUAGUGUGUUUAGAAAUUUCAAAAUGGAUUUUGUGGUCUUGGAAAUUCAAAUCUAGCGGGCCUUGCCGGAAAAUGCAACCAAUAUCUCCCCAUGAAAUCCACAAAAAACAUAAAGCUUUAAAAAAUCAAUAAUUCGAUCUCAUAACCUAACUAGACCUUGAGUCAAAAGAACUGAUUUAUUCAAAAAAAAAAGCUCAAAAACUCCCUCGGACCACAAACUCCAAAAAAGGUCAAUUUCAUAGUAAAUAGGCUUUAUUCUCAUAAUUUUCCAUAUUUUUUUCAGCCGGCGACGUACCCCGUAGAGGCGAAGAAGCCAGCUUAUAUGGCUUCGGGAGCGAUCGUAAGAAAUUUUACAAAAUUUACUCGAAAAAUGAUUUUUUCAGCCGCCGAGGAGCACCUACCCAACGUCGGAGUUCUAAAGUCGAUUGACAGCAGGGUGAUCCUUAACCUGAGCAAUACUGAGCUAAAAUUAGCGUUCAGGUAGCUGCGAGUUGCGGAAACAUGGCCGGAGCUGAUCAACCUUAUAUGUACUGUACUAAUGCCAAAGAUCAGGCUUUGGCGUGUUCGGUGAGUUUAUGACGUCAGAAAGGAUACUGUAGCUACAGUAUCCUUAUAGAAUCUCAACUACUUUUCUUUAAAAAUAGCAAAAAAAAAAACAAGAAAAAAUCUGCUGAAAGGUUCAUAAAUAGCUAGAAAAUGAGUUGGAAAAUUCAUAGAAAGCCUUAUUAAAUUCUGAAAAAGCCCGAGAAGAAGCUGUUAAGGAUGCGCUAAAGAAAAAUUCAAAAAAGACCGAAAAAGGAAGCAAAACGGGUCCGGAGAGGCUCAGAAAGAGCUAGGGUCAUAAAAAGCUGAAAAAAAAGCUUCCGAACCAUUCCAAGCGCGACCAAUGCUUUUGAAACAUUAAGUACACGAUUUGCAACCGUCGGACUUCUCUGCGUCUCUUACCUCUCGCUGGCGAUGGCAAGGAAGACAUUGAUCGAGAGAUGAGAUAGCGCAGAGAAACGAGGCAGUUUAAAAUGGCAGGCGAUAGAGAUACAUGGGCAGAACAUUUUUUUGGCUACCAGUUUUUUCUUAGAAGUGAGGUCAUCACUACCUUCCUGAAGUUCAAACUUGUCUUACUACUGUUGCACUAGCAUCCAGAGCUCCGACUUGUCUUACUGUUGCACUAGCAUCCAGAGCUCAAACUUGUCUCACUGUUGCACUACCAUCCAGAGCUCAGACUUGUCUUACUGUUGCACUAGCAUCCAGAGCUCAGACUUGUCUUACUGUUGCCCUAGCAUCCAGAGCUCAGACUUGUCUUACUGUUGCACUAGCAUCCAGAGCUCAGACUUGUCUUACUGUUGCCCUAGCAUCCAGAGCUCCGACUUGUCUUACUGUUGCACUAGCAUCCAGAGCUCAGACUUGUCUUACUAUUGCACUAGCAUCCAGAGCUCAGACUUGUCUUACUGUUGCCCUAGCAUCCAGAGCUCCGACUUGUCUUACUGUUGCACUAGCAUCCAGAGCUCAAACUUGUCUCACUGUUGCACUACCAUCCAGAGCUCAGACUUGUCUUACUGUUGCACUAGCAUCCAGAGCUCAGACUUGUCUUACUGUUGCCCUAGCAUCCAGAGCUCCGACUUGUCUUACUGUUGCACUAGCAUCCAGAGCUCAGACUUGUCUUACUGUUGCACUAGCAUCCAGAGCUCAGACUUGUCUUACUGUUGCACUAGCAUCCAGAGCUCAGACUUGUCUUACUGUUGCCCUAGCAUCCAGAGCUCCGACUUGUCUUACUGUUGCCCUAGCAUCCAGAGCUCAGACUUGUCUUACUGUUGCACUAGCAUCCAGAGCUCAGACUUGUCUUACUGUUGCCCUAGCAUCCAGAGCUCCGACUUGUCUUACUGUUGCCCUAGCAUCCAGAGCUCAGACUUGUCUUACUGUUGCACUAGCAUCCAGAGCUCAGACUUGUCUUACUAUUGCACUAGCAUCCAGAGCUCAGACUUGUCUUACUGUUGCCCUAGCAUCCAGAGCUCAGACUUGUCUUACUGUUGCACUAGCAUCCAGAGCUCAGACUUGUCUUACUGUUGCACUAGCAUCCAGAGCUCAGACUUGUCUUACUGUUGCACUACCUUACUCGUAACUUUAGAGAAAUUUUGUGAGGCGACCCCACCUCCCGGACUAGUUCAGUUCUGUCAUGACAUCUAAAAGCCUUUCCAACCUGAAAAGAGCUGAACUUUCAGGGCGACAGCGGUUCCGGCGUGAUCCGUCGGAAGGAUCCCCACCGGCCUACGGUCGAAGUCGUCGGUCUUCUUUCGGCUGGAGCCUCUUGCAGGGACGUCCUGAAAGAGCAUCAGAGAUUGUAUCAAGGUGAGAGAAGUUAUUUAUUAUCUAUAGAAUCCUUUUUAAAACUCGUUCAUAAAUGCAUCUUUUUUUCAAAAUUCAGAAGGCAAACCGAGGUCGAUUUUCUCGGACCUGCUCAUCCGCGUCAGCUACUUCAGUCAGUUCAUCUGCGACACGACGGGAAUCUGCCAGCCUGGAAUUCGGCCGUCAGGUCGUCGCGAUUUCUACACCCUUCAGUAA